UCUCUAAACCGGCUUUAUCCUGCUUUACUGCAGGGGUGGCACUUGCUGUUACACCUUUCUUUUCAUGAGUAUAUAUACUGGGACCUAAAGGAAGCCGGUUGACUGACUUGAUGUGUAGAGUGGACAAACUACUCCCCAGUUUGCACAAGAUCAGAUACAAUAUCUAUACGUGUUAUAUGGUGAUCACUCUGCUAACACCACUCCUUUGUAUUGUGCAUGGAUAUUAGAAUUGCAUCUGUUGCCAUAGGGAAGAGGAAGUGAUGAGCUGAAAGAGGGCGAUAUAGAGCUAAUCCAGAUCCCUUGCAGAGAGUAUUUGUGUAACUGAUUACCAAUCAGCAAAAUACAAAGCAUUGGAGACUCCUUGUUUCCAAGGAACAGACGUAUUUUAGGGGUGUCUCACAGUAUAACCCACGCACUUUGCUACUGCUUUGAUCACAGCAGAAGAACUAAUUACAUACAAUAUUGUAUCCUCCAACAGCUGAUUGCGAAAAUGAUGCAAAUUGUAGAUACCUACAAUCAAAAGUACUCCUUGUUCAAUGCUAUGAACAGAUUCAUUGGAGCUGUGAAUAAUAUGGACCAAACUGUGAUGGUCCCCAGCUUGCUGAGGGAUGUACACUUGGAGAUAGAUGUGAAGGAAGAGGUCCGCAAUGGGGCUGAUAAUUUCUUCUCUACGAGGGACAUGCACAGCUACUACAUUCUGCUGAAAUCCAUUAGGAAUGACAUUGAAUGGGGUGUGCUGCAAGGGGAGGACAGAAAAAAAGAUAAACUAAGCUCCUUGGACAUCAGUAGGUUCGAAGAUGCAGAUGGAGAAGAAGACUUGGAAAAGGAAUUUCACUUUCACCUUUGUGGACUACACACUGUUCUAAACAAGCUCACCAGAAAAGCUAACAUCCUAACCAACAGAUAUAAAGAAGAAAUUGGAUUUGGAAGCUGGGGUCAUUGAUGGUGGUCGCUAAUGCUAUUAAUAUAUAUAUAUUUUUUAUUGUAUUUUUUGACUGUUUUUAUUAUUAUUUUAAUUAUUAUUUUCUAUAUCCUCUAAAAUGUUGAGGGGCAGUGUGUGUGUGUUUAAAAAUGGUGGUAUAGUUGUACAAAUGCUUAUUAUUAACAUAUACAUAUCUAUGUAGUUUGCUGUGGCACAGUAAUGGUUAAGUAUAAUGCAUUAUGCAAAGCGACCAUUUCUGUUGUACAGUUAAUUUCUGCAGUGGCUACAUUUUCUGACUACUAUGACUCUCAUUUAGUUAAAUGAACCAGAUUAUUGAUUAUACCAUGGGAGGUCACAUCUUUCUUUCUAGGGUAUCACACAGAAUUAAUGUUGAGGAUAGCAAGACUCCAGACUGUAUAUUGUGUCUAUCCUUGAGCAUAAACUCCAUCUUGUUUUUUUAGUGACACAUUUAGUGUAAUAUUGCCUAUAAUUACACAUAAUUUCAUAACAUUUUUAUAAAAUUGUAUAACAUUAAUAAGCAUAAAGAGAUGUUAAAUUUAAAAAAUGCACCAAAGGUGUCCCAAAGGUUAACAUAUUUUAGUGAAUUGGUUGUAUAUUCCCCUGGUCAAUAUGGCCAAUAAUAUGUUGCAGCUAAGAGGUCAAAUAAUAUAAUGCAUUUGCCAUAGACGUUAUCUAAUUCAGGCAAAAUGAAACCUGACUUAGACUGUACUGUAAAUGAAACAAGUUUAUGUGAUGCUGUGGGUUAAUUUUUCUGCAACUGGAAAAGAGGUUGGUAAAUAUUUCAAGGGCAGAUACACUGGGUGUGGUGGUGGUUGUGGAAAUGCUUGCUCAGAUUGCAUCACUCUUUCCUGUUAUUGCACUACUUUUUUAUAACAAUGUAUAUAGGCAAUGCUUAUUUUGCACUGUUCUUCAAAAAUGCCUUUUUUUUAAUUUUAUUUUGCUGAAAAAAACAAUGACAAUACUGUACUUUGUACUGCUUAAAUAUUCCUUUGUGUGAUCCCAGGCAGAUAUUUUCAUUGUCUGACAAUGUAUAAUUGCAUAUGGGCUUACACAAAAAAAUGCAAGUAUAUGAGGCUUUGCUUAAGCCAAUGAAGAUGAGAACAUUCAUAGCUUACAAACAUAUUACUGGAACUAAAUGACACAUCUGAAUUGUUUAAAUAAAGAUGUUGAGAGGUUCCUUAUGUGCAAAACUGAAAAAAAUAAAUACUUAAAAGCAUUUUUUUUAUUUGAUGCAUAUUAUAUUUUAAUAAACAAUGCAAAUUGUGUAUUAACUACAA